AUGGCGGCGCCCACGGCGCCCAUCGUUCUCGAUGAGGACACGUGGACCUGCGACAACCCAAACAUUUUCAUGGUGAGGAUGCCAGACAUGUCGGAGAUUGCGGAUGGCGAGCGCCCGGCUUGCCUGCUGAAGAUGCCUGAUGGCACCAUGGCAGACAUCCAGACGAUGAACCUCCCGAGCAACGUCAAGAGGCUGCUCAAAGACAUCGACAUGGACCGAGAUGGGCUUGUGGAUGACCCGAACAUUGAUCACGUGGUUCAGAUGCUUGAGAUGAUGCGCACCGAGUUCGGCUGCGAGAAGGGUCAUGUUGCCCAAGACGAGAUGGACAAAGCGCUGCUGCUGAUGUCCAAUCUACUACGCCAGAAGCGUGAGAACUGCGCCGACAUGAGCUAUCGCCAUCUGAGUCCUUGCAUUCAAGACGUGAUGAAGGAGUGGGACCUCGAUGGCGAUGGCACUGUAGCUCUUCAUGAGCUCACAGAGGCCGCGGGGGCCUACAAGAAGAUCAAGAAGGAAGGCCGCCGGAUGAAGAGGAUGAUCAUUGGCCUCACCUGUGUCAUCGGCGUGCUUCUCACGGGGAUGUUCGUCCUCUCCUACGUGGCCGCCGACAUGGCGAAGGAGAUGCGCAGCGAGGGCGACGGCGUGAUGCGAGCCCACCAGGGCGAAGUGGUGAAGGUGGCCAGUUCUGACUUCACCCUCGUGGAUGGCCAGCUGGUCGCCCGUGGAGAUCCCGCAAGCUUGGCCGAGUGUGGCACCAACACAACCUGCCGCCGACUCAUGGCCAAUGGCCAGGUGCCAUUGCAAACGGCUGCAGCGCGAAAGGUCAUGACAGGACUCUUCUCUACCAUGAGGAGAGGCAACUUGGAGAGGCUCAAGACGCUGACGCUGCAUUGCCGCACACCGGUGGUGCUGAACGUAGUCAAGGCUCCCCAAGUGAAAGACCAGCGGACUUGCGAUUGCGGCUACAUUGUGGAGAUUCCAACCACGGAGGGCACCUUGACCCUAGACAAUCGCAAGAUCUUCGCGGACGAGUCCUUGUACGCUUUCUUGCAGGAGGCCCAAUGCCUGCUGACUGAUGGACCUGCUGGUGUGGGAAGGAAACGGGGUGGACGGGGUGGCGGCCGUGGACAAGGCAACCGCGGCCGACUCCUGCUUGGAGCGGCAGACUUGCUCGAUGGCACCUUCGAAUGGUUCGAGGAGGGUGAAGAGCCGUGCGAGAACAACCCACUCCCUGAUCCAAGCGACAUCCCGCAGUACUACCGCGCCUCCGUCCGCAUCACCGAGCUGCACCCAGAGCCUAACCCCCUGGCCUUCUCGCAGUACUUCACCGACGUCAACGGCUCUGCCCUGACCCUACCUGGCAUCGUCCCGAUCGACGGAAUGCUCUACAAGUCCUGGACCGCAGACCGGAUCCACGCGUUCUCCACAGUUCCGGGCUCCACCAUGGAUCGCAUGACGGAGUACCUGUCUAUGGAGGCUUUGGAGUCCUCUGUGGGCCUGGAGAAGGUGCUGCAGGACCUCGGGGUAUCAACGCUGGACGAUGACUGCGACGUGGAGGAUGAUGAUGCCGAGGGUGCGGCGUUGGCACAGGAGAUCCAGAGCUACCUUGCUCCAGCCGACGACGACAUCGACGAGCCUCCGGAGAUCGAGCCGUGGGCAGAGAUGCCGAGCGCUCUGCUCUUCAACUACGAGUUGCUCCAGCUGCUUGCUGAGGAGGACGCCGGAAGUCCCCUCCUCCAGACGGCCCAAAGCUCGCUGUACUGGACGUCGGUCUUCACGGAGCCUGACAGCCAGGACGUGCUCGACGCCUUCCUCCUCAACGCCACCGAGGAGCGACGCUUGAGCCGAGGAGGCGGCUUUGGCUUUUUCUCCUUUCGCAACAUCGACGCCAUUUGCUCCGUCGAGGCGGAGAUUGAUGCCUCUGCGAGCUUCUUUGCCAAGAUGAUGCACAAAAGGAACCUCAGGCUGAAGGCGAUUUUUGAAUUUCAGGGCAAGUGCGACGAGGUAACGGUCUGGUUGGCUGCCCGUCAUUUCUGCCAUAUGAAUUCCUUGGGCCUCGUUUGA